AGUAAAGCUACUUUCUCGUUUAUAUCAGUGGAUUCUGUACAAGAUCAGUGACACAGCUUAAUGGAAGGUCAUGGCACGACCAUCGCUGCCCUCCUCCUUGGACUCCAAUUUACCUGGGAUACCCAGAAAGGUUCUGGCAGUGUCCAUGGAAUGUAAAUACCAGUGCCAGCAAUGCAAGGAGAUUUUGAGGAAGCCCUUCCAGGCGCAAUGUGGACAUCGUUUCUGUGUGUACUGCUUCAAACAGAUCACCAGCUCAGGACCUAAACCCUGUGAAGCAUGUCAGGAGGAGGGCAUAUAUGACGAAGCCACGUCCAUGCUCAGCAUUAAUGAAGCUUUUCCUGACAAUGCAGCACGCAGGGAGAUUGAUAGCCUACCUGCAAGAUGUCCAAAUGAAAGCUGUUCAUGGGCAGGGACUUUGAAAGAAUAUGAGGGUCAACAUGAAGGUCAGUGUGAGUUUGAACGCGUGAAAUGCGAAGCUUGUCAGCUCCUAAUCCUGCAGCGUGACAAAGACCGUCAUAAUGAGAGAGAGUGUGAGGCCAGAACCCUCAACUGCAAAUACUGCAAGGCUACCUUUCACUUCAAAGACAUUAAGGCUCAUGAUGAAAUCUGCCAGAAAUAUCCCAUGCAGUGCAAGGAUUGUGGGAAGAAGAAGAUAGCACGAGAAAAGUUUAAUGAGCACAUCAAGUCCUGUGCUAAGUCCAAAUCUGCAUGUCAGUUCAGUGAGAUUGGCUGCAGGGCAGUGAUAGACAAUGGCAAGCAGGUAGAGCAUGAGCAGAGCAAUGUGACGGAGCACCUGCGUCUCAUGUUAGCCUCCAUGCUCUCUUUGCUGCGAAUGCGCGUGGAUGGGCCCGGCGAAUGGCAGGAGGAUUCCGUCCUAGGUCUGUAUCGUGGGCCUGAGGAUGCAGCUACAUCAGUGACCCACACUGGAGCCCGAGCUCAGGGGCCUGGGCUGCAAGAGAAAAUCACAGCUCUGGAGAACAUUGUGUGUGUGCUUAACAGGGAGGUGGAGCGUAGCGCUCUCACGCUGGAAGCUCUUAACCGACAGCAUCGCCUGGACCAAGAGAAGAUUGAGAACCUUUCGAAUAAGGUUCGUCAGCUAGAACGGACUCUUACCAUGCGGGACCUUCAGUUAAGUGAAUCUGAACAAGCCCUGAGGGAAUUACAGUUCUGCACGUAUGAUGGGGUAUUCAUCUGGAAAAUAACCGAUUUCUCUCGGCGCAGACAGGAUGCAUUAGCCGGUCGGGCGCCAGCCAUGUUUUCACCAGCAUUCUACUCCAGUAAAUAUGGCUAUAAGAUGUGCCUGAGGCUAUAUAUGAAUGGAGACGGAACAGGUCGAGGCACGCAUCUCUCUCUCUUCUUUGUGGUGAUGAGAGGCAGGUUUGAUGCACUGCUCAAGUGGCCUUUCAGCCAGAAGGUUACCCUUAUGCUAUUGGAUCAGAAUAACAGGGAGCACAUUAUUGACGCCUUUAGGCCUGACGUCACAUCCACAUCGUUCCAGAGACCAGUUAGUGAGAUGAAUAUUGCCAGUGGCUGCCCUCUCUUCUGUCCACUCAGCAAACUCGCAGGCAAGAGCUCCUACCUGAGAGAUGACACUAUCUUCAUUAAGGCCAUAGUGGAUCUUACAGGCCUCUAAGACUCCUUCAUAGUACCACAUAGACCUUUAAAACCAUCCAU